AUGACCUGUACUUUGAGCCAUUGGGGCAGCAUGGUCUGCGACGAUUUACUUGAGCCCAGGUUUAAUGGCAUUCUCAAUUUGUACGGGUUUACAGAGCAGGUUCCGCAUUCGCUGUCAUUUCUGUCUCCUCUUUUCAACUCCUCGUUUGUAUCGCCCCGUGCUCUCUCCUGGCGACAUGGCAAUACUCCCAUAUUCCGGCUUUGUGGUCUGACUGCCUUCUUCUUAACUGGUGCUGUGUCCUCUGUUGCCCGCUUUUUCGCGAUUGACACCGGGGCUACAGCCAUCACCACACCAGCAUUUUGGUUUAACCAAGCUAGAGGCACUUGGUCACGGUCACUUAGAUACGAGACGAGCCUCAUGUGUGUGCCCAUUUCCACGAGCACAGCAGCCACAUGGGCAAGGACACAAAUUCCCGGGCACACUCGCCAGCGUUACGACGCUGUCGUCAUCCCGGUUUCCACCAUUGCCCCAAGCCCCGUGUACGUAACCACUUUACUUACUCAUCUAUGCCCAUUUGUAUACUCAGGCCAUAGAAUUCUUACUGUUCCCAGCCCAAUUUGCCCAAACGACAGGGCGAGCCCUGGCGCCCCUUCCGAAGCGAACUUCGCAUACUACCGCCAUGACGAAUGUGGCUGCAUUGAAUUAAAGUUUGUCUUCAAAAAGAUUGUAUAG